AUGGCCUUCUACAGUUAUAAAACAGUCUUAGCUAUUGCCCGGACAAGAUUCCCUAACCAUUUUGUCCAGCCUACCAGCUCUUCUUACUCCCCAUCAUUUGCAUUUCUUCACUUACCAGAUUGCCAUUUAAAUAAAACCUAUAUGAAGAACUAUGGAAGCAAAAAGUACUCCCAUCCAAGUCAGUUAGGCAAUAAAGUACUUCAUUUACGAGCCAGAAUCUUCCAAGAGCUGCACACUUCAACUUGCUGGUUGCAGGAGGUCCCCAAUAAGCAUCAACAGGAGCAAACAGCAAAGAAGCCUCAGGUGCCAAGCCCUCAGCCCGCAAAAGAAGCGGGCAUGAGGAUUAAGGAAGGAAAGCGAUCUUAUAGACAAAUAAUUAUGGAUGAACUGAAAUAUUAUUACAAUGGAUUCUAUUUGCUUUGGAUUGACACCAAAGUUGCUGCCAGGAUGGUUUGGAGGCUGUUGCAUGGACAGGUGCUGACCAGGCGAGAGAGAAGAAGGCUGCUGAGAACCUGUGCUGAUUUCUUCCGCCUGGUUCCUUUCAUGGUGUUCAUCAUCGUCCCCUUCAUGGAAUUCUUAUUGCCAGUGUUUCUGAAACUUUUCCCGGAGAUGUUGCCAUCAACUUUUGAAAGUGAAUCCAAAAAGGAAGAAAAACAGAGAAAGAAAAUGGCUGCAAAGUUGGAACUAGCGAAAUUCCUUCAAGAAACGAUUACAGAAAUGGCAAAGAGGAACAGGGCCCAGCUGGGGGACGCCUCAACCCAGUUCUCUUCCUACGUCAAACAGGUCCAGACUGGCCACAAGCCCAGCACCAAGGAGAUAGUUCGAUUUUCCAAACUCUUUGAGGAUCAGCUGACCCUGGAGCACCUCGACCGACCUCAGCUGGUGGCCCUUUGCAAACUGCUGGAACUGCAGUCCUUUGGAACCAACAAUCUGCUUCGCUUCCAGCUACUGAUGAGGCUGAAGUCUAUAAAAGCAGAUGAUGAGGUAAUUGCCAAGGAAGGGGUGAAUGCUCUGAGUGUGUCGGAGCUCCAAGCUGCCUGCAGGGCCCGAGGGAUGCUGUCACUGGGCCUCACUGAGGGGCAGCUGAGACAGCAGCUCACAGAGUGGCAGGACCUCCACCUGAAGGAGAAUGUCCCACCUUCUCUGUUGCUCCUCUCCCGGACCUUCUACCUGAUAGACGUAAAGCCGAAGCCGAUUGAGAUACCACUCAGUGGGGAGGCUCCAAAGACAGAUAUUCCCCUGGGAUCACCCACUCCCCCUGAAUCUAAAGAGAACAUGGCCGGUUUAGCACCUCAACUGAAGGGAACUAAAGCAAAAUCAGAGAAGACAACCCAGAACAGCAAGGCUAGUUCGAAUGGAGCAUAA